AAAAUCCCUGUUUUACAAUAGGUUCGAGAACCUCCUAUGCACAUUAAUGCAGAUUUUAGUAUUAACCAAUUAAAUUGCCGUGAAUAACAUAAAAACAAAAAAACCUAUUGUAUUAUAUUCAAUACUCUUUAGUAAUCCAACAGUCAGCAAAUGUUUUUGUAAUUACCAUCUAAGCCUGUAAGUUUGUUUGUUUUAUCUUAAUUACAAGUCAUGUAUAUAAGCUGUAUAAUCUUGUGUUGUAAUAUUUUCCUUCUUGCCACUGUAAGAAAUACAAUGUUGUUAUAUUUUUUAGAUUUUAACAUGACUAAUACUACUAAACUUACCUUGCCAUAUAAUGAACGUGACAAAUUUUUGUCUUGGUUGAAAAGUGCAUUUGUUAUUAUGUUUAUUACAUCCAUAUUAUUCAUCCUUUUUAAAUAUCAACCAGAUGUAAAUGCUCUCGAUAAUAGAGAAAUUCAACUUGCAGAACAGUUAAUCAAGGAGAGAAAAAACGACCCGAAAAGAUUGCGUGUCAUUCUAUUAUGGAACCAAGUAUGGGGUAUUAAAAAUUGGGGAUAUUCAAGACUACCUUCAGUGGAUUUUAUUGCUCAUGGUUGCGAGGAAACAAACUGUAUUGUUACUGACAAUAAAGCUCUAUUGCGUGAAGCUGAUGCGGUGAUAUUUCAUGCAUAUGAUAACAUGAAGAACGUUCCCCACUUUAGACUUCCACAUCAAAGGUAUGUUUUUAUGGUUCACGAACCCCCUUGUAAUAUCCCUCAGCACAAAUAUGAUUUUCUUAAUUCUGCAUUUAACUGGACUCAAACAUACCGAUGGGAUUCUGAUAUCCCAAUGCCGUAUGGUGUAGUAUGUAAGAGAGAUAAGCCUAAACAGAUUAAUUAUGAUGAAAUACUUCAGAAGAAGACAAAACCUGUUGCAUGGAUGGUUAGUAACUGCGAAGCACCCAGUAAGAGAUUGGAAUAUGUUAAAGAACUGAUGAAAUACAUUCAAGUUGAUGUUUAUGGAAAAUGCGCAAAACUUCUUGGGCAAAAUAAUGUUUGUGGUAGGAAGACUCGAGACCAAUGUAUGCAAAUGCUAGGUAGAGAAUACAGAUUUUAUCUCGCAUUUGAAAACUGCUUGACGAAGGAUUAUAUAACUGAAAAGUAUUUAGAUAUGUUAUCAAUAAACAUUGUCCCUGUAGUACGAGGCGAUGGAAAUUAUUCAUCCAUAGGUCCAGCAAACAGUUUUAUAAAUACCCGGAAUUUCAAAUCCCCAAAAGACUUGGCUAGCUACCUAUUAGAGCUAUCUCAAGAUGAUAACAAAUACGUAAAAUAUUUAAAAUGGAAAGAGAAGUACAAUUUCGAUCCAGAAGGAUUGGAAUGUUCUAAUGUUGAAUUUGGUCAUUGUUUAUUAUGCAAAAAACUUAAUAAUCUAAGUGAACCGAAAAAGUUUUACAAAGAUAUUAAAAAAUGGCAUGGUAAAUGUAGGGAAGCUGAUGAUAUACCUUAUGGUGAAAAUGCUUAGAAUAUCAUAAUACUUUUUACUUGUCCAACUUUUCCAUUUAGCAGUGUGAAUUGUUUGGAGAAAAUUUAGAUGAAUUGGCAAAUUUUUUCCAAGUCUUACGAUUUUUCUGAUACACGUAUAAAAAAACUACUCUUGUCUGUCUGUGUGUCCGCGAAAGCCGUGUCCAUAACGGAAACACGAAAUUUUUAAAAUGCGCAUCAAUACCAAAUGCGAUAUAUUUCUGUCCACUUUGUUGCCACGGGUUAAUUUAAAGGACGGGCAACCCCGUGGAUUUUUCCACGGGCUAACGACUAGUCUGUUUAAUAAUAGCCGUAUUUUGUCUUUUCGAAAUUUUUAAAAUGCGCACCAAUACCAAAUGCGAUAAAUUUUUGUCCACUUUGUUGCGACGGGUAAUUUUAAAGGACAGGCGACCCCGUGGAUUUUUCCACGGGCAACGACUCGUCUAUAUUAUAAUACCCGUAUACGUCUGUCCGUCCGUCCGUCCGCCCGUCUGUCUGUCUGUCUGUCACGCAAAAUGGUAUACCUGCAAUUAUAAAAAUUAACGUUAAUUACAAUAAUUAGAGAUCGUUACAAUAACAUGUUAAUUACACUCUCAUCUUCCCCUAGAUAAUUGGAAUCGUUUAAAUUUUUUUGCCAGUUCAUGCUACCAUGUUCGUUAUUAAUAGUAUUGGAGAUAAUUUUACGUGACCGACAUCAAAAGUGUGAUAUUAAUAUUGUUUCCUCAUUAUAUUUAAUAUCUAACAAAAAGUCCGAAUGUCCGUCCUUGUUUUAAAAAUACGACAUUUAAGUUCACAAAAAAUUCAAAAAACGUCGGAGCGACCACGGCCCUGCUGCAGACUAGUCACGUGAACACGGCAUCCAAGCCAUGUUAACCCUAUUAUACCUAGGGGGGGGUUGAGCACAAAGUGUCCGCAGCAAUUUCAAUUGGGCAUAUCUCUUUUGGUGCAUGACAUUAAAUGUUGAAAUUUGGUGACUUUUCCUAACUUUUAUUAUAGAUUAUAGAUUUCAGAAAAAAAUUUUUUUAAAAAAAUUUAAUUUCCUGUAAUUUCCCGCCAUUUUUGAAUUCAUGGUCUGUGAAUUUUUGUUUCAGCAAGUCAAUAUAAAACAGUUUUGUUGCGUUAUUUUGUUAUAAAAUAUUUUUAUAUAUGCUAAUGGAUGUUUUUGUGUUACCAUGGAUACAUACCACAACGUGUUUACAAUGCAGACCAGAAUUUUGCAUUAUCAAGACAGAAAAUUUUAUAUAUAUGACGUUAUUUCUGAUCCCUAUGAUGUCAUCAAUUUUUUUUACCUGGAAUGAGUUUCUACUAAGACAUUCUGCAACUGUGCCAAGUUUCAUCACUUAAACAUAAGUGGUUCAAGAUUUAUGACCCGCGGGCACUUUCUUCCCCCGUCCAGGGUUACAAAGGCCAAAAAAGCUCAGGUAAAUGGAACUUUCAAAAAAAUUUAUAUCUCCACAAAUAAUUCUGUAAAAUAUUCUUUGAAGCGAGUAUAUUUUAACGCUGCGUAGUUGCAAGUUUUGCUUAAAGCCAGAGCAAUUCGUGUGAUUCGAUGCUUUAAAGGUUAAGAAAAUGGUGGAGUAGAUUUGGAAAAUCAACCAUUUUUCAUUAUCUAUAGACUACUUUUCGUGUUAUUUUGAUUUCAUUUUGAGAACAAUGGGCAUGCGUAAAACCCCACAUCAAAAACACUCCCUCAACACCCCCCAAAAUAAUCUGUGGCGUCAUCAACACCCCACACCAACCCCCGCGAAUGCGCAUCCACCAAUAUUAAUGAUGUCAUCGAUAUCACAAAUCAUGUAACCCUCACACGAAAAUAUGGCGACAUUGCAAAAAACAACGGCAUCGACUGAUAUUGCUGAGUCAUCAAAAAUCAACGCAUGCGCAGUAAAACUCGGCAUAUUGACCACCACUCAAGGUUGAAUUGUGUACGCAAGAAGAAGAUGAGAUGGAGGCAAGAAAGGUGGAAAAAAUUGGUUGAGGAGGAUUCCCCGGCGAUCAGGUAUGUACCAGAUCUAUUCAAGACGCAGGACAUGUGCAACGAAGCUGUUGAGGAGAAUUCAUGGUUAUUCAAGUAUAUCCCCGAUAGGUUCAAGACACAAGGCAUGUGUAGCAAGGCUGUUGG